AUGGAGAAAGUUCCGGACGGGAACGUGAGCGCGGAGAACAGCACAGUGAACCGGCGCUCGUUUCUGGACAGGGGUGCGUAUCAGCACCUGUACCCGGGGGACCUGAGGGUGCUGGUCCCGGUGCUGCUCAGUGUGAUCUGCGUGCUCGGAUUUAUCACAAACGCCACCGCGGUCGGAGUUCUGGUGGGUAACGCGCGCAAAAGUAAGCUGUCCCUGAUUAACGCGCUGAUCCUGAACCUGCUGAUGGCGGAUGUUCUGCUGGUAGGGUUCGCGGUUCCGUUUAAAAUCACCGCGUUUUCCCGCGCAGGCUGGACUCUGGGUCUGAUGGUGUGUAAAACGUGCGACUGGUUCGUGCACGCGUGUAUGGCGGUCAAGAGCUUCACGGUGGCGAUCAUGGCGAAGGCGUGUUACAGGUAUGUGAGCAACCCGACCAAGCCGGUCUCCAUCAGGCUCAAGAGCAUCAUGGUGCUCCUGAUCUUCUCCUGGUUUUUGGCGUGCGCGCUGCCGGUGCCGCACUGGCUCUUCGCGGAGCUGCAGAGUGAAGAUGGAAGGCUGCUGUGUGUCCAAGUGGUGCCACCUGACGCGCGGAACUUCAUGUCUGUGUACGUUAAGGUGUACCCUCUGGUGGCUUUCUGCGCGCCCUUGAGCUUUGCCCUGCUUUACUUCUGGCGCGCUUAUGGACGAUGCCAGCGCAGAUGCACCAAGACGCAGAAUCUCCGCGCGCAAAUCCGGUCGCGCAAACUGACACUGAUGCUGUUCGGUCUGACCGUGGCCAUGGCCAGCAUGUGGCUCCCACACUGGGUGUCGUGGGUGUGGAUGCGUCACGCAGCGGACAGUGAUGGUCCAGCACCGCCCGUGUUGUUCUCAGUAGCCUCGCAGGUUCUGAUGUUCGGCCUGUCGCUGGUGAACCCGCUCAUAGUUCUCGCGCUGUCAGAGGAGUUCCGGGAGGGUUACAAGGACCUGUGGAGGAGGCUCACACUGCGCAAACACCCACCCAAACAGCCCAAACCAGGGCCACACGCCCCCACUGCGCCCCGGUCACCCACCCCUAGACCUGAAGCUUCUGCACAUUUUCCCCCACUGACACAACCUGACCAGCCACCGGUGGAGGAGAGUUCUGGUGAUGGUAAUAAGGAUGGUGUGGUGCUGCCCGAUGUCGAGCAGUUCUGGCACGGGCGCGAGAACGACUCCAUGUCACAAGAAAAUGACCCGGUACCCUGGGAGCACCAGGACCCGAAAGAUACCAAGCAGUAA